AUGACAAGACUUGACAGCAUAUUGGAUGUAGGGGGAGACAAGCCGCUUUGCCUGUGCUGCAAUGUCCCCUGGGAACCUGCAGAGGGCGCAGCCCAUCGCCAAUGCGCAGGCGCAGUUCCUCCAAGCUCCGCCCUCUGCAGAGCCUCUAAUAGCGAGCUUCCGCCAGUCUUUCUCCCUUUUUCGCCCGUCCAGCCAUCGUGGUGGAAGCUCGGCUGUCAUCUCAUCAUCAUGUCCUCUCAUAAAACAUUCAGAAUCAAAAGGUUCCUGGCCAAGAAACAGAAGCAGAAUCGUCCUAUUCCUCAAUGGAUUCGAAUGAAAACUGGUAAUAAGAUCAGGUACAACUCGAAGAGAAGACACUGGAGAAGGACCAAGCUCGGGUUAUAAAGAAUGGCCAGCUCAAUGAAAGACAUUCUAUACCAAGACCAUCUCUUCCCCACCCCCCCCUUAAUCAUGUCAUCCAUCUAUCCAUCCAGCCAUCCAUUCACUCAUCAAUCAUGCAAUCGCCUCAUUGCCCCUAAUAAGAAAUAAAUACUAGUCCUGCCCUCUCUCGUUUCGGAAACCGUCUGCCCUGGCAGACAUCCCAAAAAACCCAAUCCAACAAAGUUAAAUUUGUCUUGCCCUUAAAUGUUUUCAUGAAUUCCAUCCAUGCGUUUGGGUAAUGUGUGUUGUGAUAUAGUUUUCGAUUACUGUUAUCUGCAUCUCUAUGUAGCAUUUGUACGUUCGAGGUUAUGCUUAAGAGGCAGAGAUCAUAAUGAAACAAAAGUUACUCUACUGAAGAAGAAUCAAGCUCAAGCCCUGCCUUGAACAAGCUGUCACAAUAACCUCUCUGUGUUUUGUUUUGUGUUCUAAGGAGUUAUAAGAGAGCACCUACCUCACAGGGUUGUUGUGGGGAUCUAAGAUUUGCAAGCCUUCAGUGUAAGCCUCCAGUGCUGCUAAUCAGGAGCUGUCUCAGCCAGAUUACGCGCAGCUGACUGUGCUCACUUAUCAAACUCACAGUCAGAGAAGUAACCUGUUGACCCCCUGCUUAUUUCACACAAUAAGCCGUCUUAGUUCCUAGUUGGGAGAUGGUAUUUUUGAGUGUUGGCGACCGUAAAAAGUUGUCGGUUAUUUGUGUGUUCCGGGAGAGCCCAACCUAUUUGUAGGAACUAGACCUGGUCCAGGUGAAUGGCUUCACAAUUAUCUGAAGAUGCAAUUCUGCUAAUAAAGGGCUUCUACAAAAAAAAAAAACAAA